GCAUGGUCGGAUGGUCGUGGAUGGUGGAAAUGGUAGAAGUACCUUCUGUCAACUGCUCUCGGGCCUAAUAGACUAGUUGACGGUUAAACAGUACCUCGUGCGCGGUACCGUGCAUCGCUGAAGAAGUACCAUCACCAUCCACUAUAAAUAUUAUUACGUGAAUUGAUUUAAGACUUCGAGAUUUAUUCAAACAUAGAAAUCUUCAAUAACAAGUAAAAUGCAGCGAUCAUUACGAAAAACACAAUCAUAAAUAGAAGAAUGAUUUCUGGCAUAAAUGGGGCCGAUAAAUCGCAGAAGGACUUUUAAAAAUGCAGGGGCUGAUAGGGCGCUAUUUAAUAGCAGCCAGUUUUGUUAUGAUCGGUGCAAUAGGAACUUUCAAUAAUCAGCUGAUUAAAGAAGAAAAUCUGAAAAGCCUUUUAUCAGAAGUAGAAAGGAACACGCUAUUUGGUAAAGAUCAAAAUUACACAAUUAUCAACAUACCUUUGGAAAAAUACCCAAAUGCGACACAUAAAUUGGAAAUACAAGCUCCUUCUUUCGGGAAAACUUUCAAUCUUGACUUAACUCGGUCAUCAAACCUAAUAUCCAACGAUUUAGUUGUACUGGAAACUUAUGCCAAUGGAUCAGUACUAUUCAAGCUGAGAAAUGAGGAUUUGAGAUGCUAUUUUCGUGGUACUCACACUGCCCUUAGUGUAUGUCAAGGAGUGAAUGGUAUAGUGCACACCGACAAUGAAAAUUACUACCUAAUCAAACCACUGCCAAAAAGAUUCCAUAAUACGACUCACAUGCCGCAUCUAUUAAUAAGAAAAUCUCAUAAGGAUAGCAAAUAUCAAGACUACUAUAAACUUAGGAAUAAAUUAAACAAUUUCAAUAAACACUCGCAUAUUUUUAGAAGAAAAAGUAACCAAAAAUUUAAGACCAAAGAGUUAUUUAUCCAGAAGAAAAUAAACAGCAGGACCAAACGAGAAACGUUUCCUACUAGUGCGACUGUUUUUGUGGAAACUGCCGUUUUUGUUGAUCGAGAUUUGUUUGAACAUAUGAAAACAAACUUUCCAGCGGACACUGAACGAGAAAUAAUCCGGUUUGUUUUAGCUAUGAUAAAUGCGGUUCAACUUCUCUAUCACGACCAAUCCCUAGGCCGUCCAGUGAAUUUCGUACUAAAACGUCUGGAAAUAAUGAAAGAUGACGUGGCCGGUCUCGUAAGACCGCCAGAUAUUGAUAGAUUUUUGUCUAAUUUCUGUAAUUGGCAAAGGACCAAAAAUCCGGCUGGAGACAGGGAACCACUACACUGGGACCACGCCCUUAUACUAACAGGUUUGGAUCUUUAUGUUCGAGGCAAGCAUGGAAAAAUAUCGAACCAGGUUGUAGGAUUGGCACCAGUUGCCGGAAUGUGCACAGCUACCAGCAGUUGUACAGUGAACGAAGGUCGACAUUUCGAAAGUGUUUAUGUUGUGGCACAUGAAAUUGGCCAUAAUUUGGGUAUGAGGCAUGACGGGCCUUUGGCGGAUAACGAUUGCGAUCCUAGCAGCUACAUUAUGUCUCCUACUUUGGGUAGUGGGAAAAUCACUUGGUCUACUUGCAGCAAGAGAUAUUUGCAGAAAUUCUUAGACACUCCUCAAUCCAGAUGUCUUCUCGAUCAUGGUAGUUCUGCAGGUCAAUUGGACCAUGGAGCCGAGGGAGCAUUACCCGGAGAAAGAUUUGAUGCAGAUCAACAAUGUAUGCUCAAAUAUGGUGGCGGCAGCAAACAUUCCUCGCAACAGCCCAUAGAUGACGUUUGUAGAGACUUACACUGUGAAAGGGAAAGGUAUACAUGGACAUCUCAUCCUGCUUUGGAGGGUACUCAUUGCGGAAAUGGUAUGUGGUGUCGUGGUGGUCGUUGCAUAGCUAAAACCACCAAUGCCAAAAAAGCUCACAGCAACGCUUUAAAACAAAGUCCAGAACUAGACCAGAUAAACGGCGGCUGGAGCGAUUGGAGACCCAGCGAGUGUGCAUCAGGUUGCCUUUUCGGCGAAGAAGGACGUUUGAGGAGCGGAAGCGCUGGAAUUAUGGUUUCAGAGAGGUUUUGUAACAAUCCUAGGCCUGAGGGUAUUGGUCAAAAAUGCGACGGUCCGGAACGUAAAUAUCAGACUUGUAACGCCCAACAGUGCCUUAAUGUUCCAAGAUUGACUAUAAGAGAGUUUGCUGAACAAAUUUGCACUCGUGCCAAGGAAGUGGAUAAAGAUUUGACUGGUUCGGGGAUGCAAAAAAUUAGUUCAGACCCCGAAGAAGCUUGCGUUGUUUGGUGCCAAAAGCGUAACGGUGGUACUAAAAGUAGAGGAUGGACGUUUCCAGAUGGCACAGCUUGUCAGACUAGGAGAAACAGAUAUGGCAGAGCUAGCUAUUGUAUAAACGGACGUUGUGAAGACUUUGUAUGCGACCCAUUCGAUGAGGCUACAUUCACUCAGAUGAGCGACACGUGUCCUGUUGAUAGAGACAGUAAUGAGUUAACAUGGAGAACAGGGCUUAGAAGAAGAGAAGGAACAAUAAGAUGGAAAAGCGCCAGCGGUUGUCAUUACAAUUGCAUAUCACCAGGAUCUGGUAUCAGAUUGGUAAUGAACAAAAAACUGGCAAAGAGUAGCAUUCAGUUGUGUCAACCUGAACAAUAUGGAUGCGUGAAAGUAAAAACAGCUUUCCAGCAUGCUUCGAUGAUUUGUUCGAAAUAUAAGGACCGAGUCCGAAGGUUGUCUGGAUUGGGAAUGCAGAUUUCACCAUCAUUAGAGGAUCCAGAUAGACCUUGUAGAGUUGCUUGCCAAGACGAAUCCAUAUCACAUAGGUUUUACUUGGUUAACGGCGAAGAUGGUUGGUUUCCUUUUGGCACUGAUUGCUCUAAAGGUUCAACGGAAAAAAAUGCUUAUUGUAUCAGUGGCAAGUGUUUGGGUUUCGGUACAGACGAUACACCUCUGUCAGAAAGUGAAUUUACUCUACCACUUUUAUCAAGGAACAAAAGAUCGUUGGAGAAAAACAGCAACAAAGUUACUGUCAAGUUGAAACAAGAAGAAUUAGAUGCUAUUGUUGAGAAAUUUAAUAGAACUUUAUCAGGUUUAACUGAUCACUCAAUGAAACUAUUUGAUGUAGAUUACAAUAAUCCAGUUCAUAUACAUAAAGAUUCAGUUACAAAGCCUUAUGAUCAUUUUAGUCAUGACUAUGAUUAUACAGCCUAUAAAGAGGAUAUUAUAAAUUAUACCUGA